AUGGGAGUGCCGAAAUUUUACCGUUGGAUCUCGGAGCGGUACCCUUGCCUCAGCCAGGUGGUGAAGGAGCAUCAGGUGAGAGGCGGCUGCCGGUGUUGCUCUUUCCUCUCUCCCGCUCUUGCAUGGAGGGAAGGGGCGCUUCUUCUUUCCAGGGCGGCUGUGCUUGGGAAAGAUGUCUCGGCACCUCCGAAGGGCUCCCCGGAAAACCCCGCUUCGACCCUUUUUCCUGAGUCGCCGCCUUUGCCCAGGGAAGCCUCGUCUUGGCGACCCGUCCUAGAGAAGUUCUCCUUGCAUUUUAGGGUUUCUGCCUCUAUCCCGUCAGCUGGGCUUGUCGACUUACCUAUGUGUUACUGAUUAUUAUUAUUAUUAUUAUUAUUUUAAACCUCUUAUAGCUGUUGAGCUCCUUGGAAAGGGGGGACUAUACAUGUAGUCGUGCUCAUCAUUAUCUUCAAAUAACGACGACAAUGACAUCUGUACCCUGCCCAUCUGACUGGGUUUCCCCAGCCACUCCGGGCAGCUUCCAGCAUACCCAGCAAAACAGCAGCAACAGCAAUAAUACUAUCAUCAUCUCCACAGGGAGCCACAGCUAGGAGAGGUACGCCCUGUAGGGAGAGGUUGUGUGUUGUGUUGUUAAGUUUGUAUAGCACCCUUCAUCCGAAGAUCACAGGGGUUCACAACAUAAAAAGACAAAAUGAGAACACAAAAUGCAUAACAACCCUCCCACCCCACAAACAAGCCAAUAGACGCCUUCCCACAAACACAUUUAAAAGGCCGUAGAGUGGCAUUUUCUCCUUGCAGCCUUCCUUCGUUCCUGGCUGCAGCCAUCUGUGACUGCUUUUCAUUUAGAGAAGAAGAGCAGGAUGGGGAAACUGUUACAAACAACUCAGGGACACUUUGUACUUUGGUCCUUCACUGUGAAAUGCUUCAGCUUUGGGAACGACGCCCUGAACACACUUGUAUAGAAAUACCUGCAUUUGUCAGCUAACAACAGGCAGCUUUAUUCUGCCUGAAUUCUGUGGAGCAGGGAAAAACUGUGUGCUUCCACAUUAGAAAUUGGUCCAUUAAAAUACAUGGUUGAAUGGGAGUGAGAUUUUACCCAGCAGGAAAGAGAAUGAAGGUGAUGGAGAAUGAGCCAGACUGCUGAAUCGGAAGGACCCUCUGACCUGGAGUGGAGUUGCCAAAAUCCUGAAUUCACUCUUGCUGCAAAGAUUUAUGAUGAAGUGGUAGAUAAGUCUUUCUAAGUAAACAAACUAUAAAUAAAUAAGUUCCAUUGAACUCUGGAACUUUAAACACACAGCAUUGCAUUGCCAACCAUUGUUGCCUAUUUGAUAACCUUUGACUACACUUUAUCCUGGUGAUCUACCAAUUACAGCUUUUUUUGGUUAAGGAACUGCUGCUUUGAAUCAAUGUAAAAGAGUGGCUUCUGAUUUGAAAGUGGUGUCACCUGAGAGUGCCAUUGGUGUCAUUGUUAAAGUGUUGGACAUGGUGGGGGUAACUUCAAGUCCCCACUCAGCCCUGAGGAUCACUAGAUGAUGUUACACUCUCAGCCUAACCAACUUUAAAAAGCUUGUUGUGAGGAUGAAAUUGAGGAGUGGAGAAAAGGCAAAUAGGAAAAUAGAAAAAUUAAUUAUUAAAAAAAAAAUGUUUUAGAAAGCUGUAAAACCAGGCACUGUAACUAUAGUUACUGUUAAAUACAGGGAUGGCUAACCUUUUUUUGGCCAAGCCAUCUGAGGGCCAUUUGCCAGCAGGUGGAUUUAGCCACCUCACAAUCUUAUUACACAGAGUCUUCUUCUCAGCUGCUCUCUACAGAUCAUCUGAGGAGGGGUGGGGCUAGCAUCCCCCUUCACCCAUCAAAUGAAGAGUCUGACAUCCAGGGAGGGGCUGUUUGAAGCUCCCAUCAAAGCACCAGGCUAAGCGCAGAGGUUUAUACAACUUCUCCUAUCCCAGUGUUGUCUAGUUCAAAUUUAUCUCUUUUUGCCAUCACCAAAGUUGUGGGAUGGUUAGGGGGAGAGAAAAAUUUUGAUUGGGUGCCAGACAAGACUCCAAAGCUUGGAUUUAGUCACCCUUGAUCUAAUGCAUGGUCAGGAAUCUUACACUUUACUUUCAAUCUUGUGUAUAUAUACUUGGAAGUAAAUCCUAUAUUUAAUUUUCCCUAAGUAAAUAUGCCUUGAGAUGCAUGAUAGUAUACAGAUUGUAGCCUUCCAUUCAGGGAGCAAUAUUUGCUUGUAGUUUUUUUUAAUUUAUAGCACCAGUAUUAAUAUACUUGAGGACUUGCUAGGAAAAAAUGCAUUGACACAUAGCCUGAUCAUGUUCCUAGGUAAAUUGCAGGUUUCAUUUCUCUAUGGAAAUACUUAGCAGGUUGGUUUCACUUUUGUUUCUCUUAACGUGCUCUGUUGUUUUCCAUUCUCGCACAGAAGUGCUGCUUGCAGUGGUGAAAUGUGUUAACUGGAGCCAUAUUUUCUAUUUCUUCCAGCAAUAAUUAAAAAUGUCUUAUUUUUUCCUCCAGAAUUUAUAUGCUGCCUUUCAAGACAAAUGGGGAAGGUUGCUCACAUAAACCAAAUGUAGAAUACAAUUUAAAACAUUUCUAUUACAAUUACAGAAACUGAAAAAGACCAUCUAAAAACAAUAUGCAAUAAAGUACAGUAGCAUCACUGUCAUGUGAUACUAUCAUUUUGGUUAGCUGUUUUGAGUAGCACUUUAACCUUGAUAAAGGAACUUGACUUUGGAGUGACCUUGACUCAGCAGUUGUAGUUUCAAAUGAAGUACCCAAUGCUAAAGUUGGUGUUUUGUGGGGUUGUUUUUAAUUUACGCUGGCAUGGUACUCCUGGCUCUACGCCUGACAAUGUGCCCCUUGACCCCGGUCUUUCCUGGCUUGUUAAAUCUAGGGCAUUUGACUAGUUAGUUACAGAGCGUGGGUAAUACUUCAUUGUGUGACAGGGUGGAACAAGACAAACCAUGAACUUGAGUUUGGAAAUAAUUUUAAGUCAAACCAUAGCUUGGAUGCAGAUAUGACAGCAGGACUAUGAGACAGGCAAAGCAGCUAUGCUUUUUACUGUGAGUACCUGCAUGGUCGCACAUUCAUGCUUAGUUUGGCUUAACAUUACAAUGGGACUGGUAACUGCUGUGUAAGGGAGAAUAAUAUAGCAACUAUUGGUGGCUUCCUUGCUGCUAGAAGCAGAACAUAUUUCUUGAUUAAAGGUAAAGGGACCCCUGACCGUUAAGUCCAGUUGCGGACGACUCUGGGAUUGCGGUGCUCAUCUCGCUUUACUGGCCGAGGGAGCCGGCGUUUGUCCUCAGACAGCUUCCAGGUCAUGUUGCCAGCAUGAGUAAGCUGCUUCUGGUGAACCAGAGCAGCGCACGGAAACGCCGUUUACCUUCCCGCCGGAGCGGUACCUAUUUAUCUACUUGCACUUUGAUGUGCUUUCAAACUGCUAGGUUGGCAGGAUAUGUUUUCUAAAAUGUUUUAGAAAGCUGUAAAACCAGGCACUGUAUCACCCAUCAAACUGCUAGGUUGGCAGGAUAUGUAAACAAUCAGACUGCAUUGUUUCUUAUCAAACCCAAAAAUCUAUAAACAGCAAUUCCAGAAUGCACAGUUAAAAAUUAUGAGCCCUCCUCCAGAGGUGGAAGUAACACAUGAAAUAAGUAUUUCAUAUACCGGUAUGGAAUCAUAUCUACAGAAAGGAGGAAGAUGGAGCAUAAGCUUUCUUGCUAGGUGGAUGAAUAACUGCUACUUGUAUGAAUUAAUGGCUCUAAUAUGUUUCCUAGAUUCCAGAGUUUGACAACUUGUACCUGGACAUGAAUGGUAUCAUUCAUCAGUGUUCACACCCUAAUGAUGAUGAUGUUCACUUCAGAAUCUCUGAAGACAAGAUCUUUGCUGAUAUAUUUCACUAUUUGGAAGUAUUGUUUCGCAUUAUUAAACCAAGAAAGGUUUUCUUCAUGGCAGUAGAUGGAGUUGCUCCAAGAGCAAAAAUGAACCAGCAGCGUGGCAGACGUUUUAGGUGUGUGAGUUCUUCCUUGUUUGUUUGUUGUUAUUGGUUCCCUCAUACCUCUUCUGAAUGCAUGUUAUUCUCAAGCAGUGGCAGUUAACACUGUAUCUGUUGCUAAAUUUUUUUUUCAAGAAAUGCUGUAUUCCGUGCUCGCUUCGGCAGCACAUAUACUAAGAAAUGCUGUGUUCCUUCCAGGGUUUUUGGAUGCCUUGCUGGAUAAGCAAAAACGAAAGAAAGAAAAUGAAAAUAAAUAGUUGCCAGCAUCCCCAACCUGUUAGCCCACCUGCAUUAAUUUUUUUCCAAGGAAAAGGCCUGCAUGCAUUGUUGGGUGACAUCCUACGUAAUUUUUCUAUGCACCUUUGGGAAGUGCUAUAAAAUGCUCUCAGAAGCCAAAGAGGCACUUCAUCUACCAGAUGGAGGAGAAAGGAUGCACUUUUGGGUGCCUCUUCCCAGAGAUGUAUGGAACACCUCUUGGCAGUGUCAUCCAAUGCACCUGCCUGAUCUUUCCCAAGGGAAAGUCUGGGAGGAGUGUGCACUGUUGAGCAUUGCUUCCCAAGGAUGCAAAGGGGAUGGUGGGGUGGGAGUAUGUUGUGUUGUCCACUGCUGCGAUAAAGCAGGCACCUUCAGGCAGCAGUGUCCUCUACUUUCCACCAGCUUGCCUUCUCUGAAGCAGGAAAGGUUGACAACCUUUGCCUGUUUGGCCCUUUCUAGCUAAGGCUUCUUUGCCAUGCAGCUGCCGAACAGUCCCUGGUCUUCCUCCCACCUUUGGAGCUGUGAAGUGGCAGGAAUUGCAGUGCAAAUGCUUGGACAAUCCUACCCAGCUCUACAGCUUCAAAAUAAGGAUUAAGACUGGCUGCUUUUUAUGCUUGGCAGUUGAUAGCACCGCACUAGUCAUGGAGAGCAUAUUUGUUGAAGUCUGGGUGCUGUGCUGCUUACUUUAAAAAUACGUCUGCCCCACCCCACUUUGGCCUUUAUAUUUGUAUAUCUCAAUACUGAUAUGUUUUCUGUGUUACUGUGUUUUGGAAGCUUCUACAUGUAUGGGAGCUGACAUUGUAGCUGAUGGAGAAACCAAUACUUGCUUUGAGCUCAUGGUAAUGCACUUGGGAGUCUUAAGAAGAGGGUCUCUAAAAUUAUUAGAAAGUUUAGCUCAGCUAAGUUUCAUUUCAGCAGGAUUUAAAAGAAAGCUCGGGUUUCUUUGCAUUAUGUUCCACUAAACACAAUAAUACAAAUCUAAUUAGUGUGGGUUAGCUAAAUUAAUGAUUGUCUUGGUUAAAAAAUCAUUUGGGACUGGGACUGGAGUAGAAGGGCUUGGAAUUUUAGUGCAUGAGUGUGAACUAUAAAGCAGAAAGUCUCUGUUUAAAUCUCACAUCCUCCUCUAAUUCACUGAGUAGCCUUAAGCAAGUCACUGACUCUCAGCGUACUCCCCUCCUGUCUAAUAAAAACCCACCCCUUACACAGUUUUUGUGCUAUUAUUGAUAUUAUGUAUAUGAAAUGAUGUGCAUACUUUACAGCACUAAAAUGCAAAAUAUUGUUACAGGUCAGCAAAGGAGGCAGAGGACAAAAUAAAGAAGGCAUUAGAGAAAGGAGAGACUCUUCCGACAGAAGCUAGAUUUGAUUCCAAUUGCAUUACACCAGGUAGAGGAGUCUGCUUAAUUUUUUAUGUUCUUACAUUCGGGUGCUAAGCUGCCAUCUGGAAUUGCAUCCUUCUUUCUGCCCCUUACAGCUCAUUUGAAAUUAAAGGAUGUGGUUUUCAAAAGUGCUGUAAGCCAAAGGUUUCUAGCAAUUAACUCAGGUGAAUGCUUUUUGGAAAUUAAUGACUUGAAAAUGGUGGAAAAUUGAUAAUCAGGCUUAUUGUUAUGAGACUUCUCUUGUGCGUUGCACUAUAGAAAAAACUAGCAGUUGUUUGUUUUGAGCUAUGGUUACAGUGGCAAAUGUUUGUCUUUAUCCCAGGGUAACUUUGGAAACCAGAAAAUAUGUAAUGCAUAGAAAUUACUUGUGGUUAUAGUCAACUAAAAUUUCCUAUCAGAUUCUUUUUAUGCCCAAGAGCAUUUAGCCAUCCAAACACAGAUUUUUGAGCGGUCUUUGGUUUGAUGAUCUAAGGCAGUCUCUGUUUUUGAAAUUCUGAGAUAAGAAGUGUUAAAUGAAGCAAACAAAGUUAAAAAAAAGGAAGUAGCAAUAAACACCGCAUGGAAAAUGAGUGUAACAUUGAACACACUAGCUAUACUAUAUUGCAUUUUUCUAUUUCAUUAGUCAAAUAGGACAUUUUACCUUAUGAUACAAAAAUAGAAAAAAGAUUUCCAUGCACAAAUGCAAAGAAUCUCGCUUCUCCAGCUCAUGUUGAUUCCAAAGAAUGCUGUGUGACUUUUGAGCAAUUUUGGCCCAUAAAAGCUGUCAGCAAGACUUUCAAAAUGGAAGUUAAAUUCAUUUUUAUCUCUAUGGGGGUACAGAGUCACUUAAGCUAAAUCCUCUUUUCUCUUAUCCCUGUUGCUAUUCUUUGUCGAGCUACUAUAAACUGGAAGUCACAAAUUUUCUGGUUCAGGCACAACUCUUGAGGCUGGAGAACCAGGUAAUGUCUUCCCUCAAAAGUCUAGAUCAGUAAGUGCUUAAUGCAUGGGAAUCUCUGACGCUGUCUUUACCAGAAACAGGAAAACACAGUUGAAGCAAAAUAAAAAUGCUGAAAUUCCAAAACACAUUUUAGAAUUCUGAACAGUUUAUACUGUCAUGGUGCCAUCUUUAAUUGUAGUAUACCAUCUAUUUUUGUGUGAAACAUUGAUUUCUAAAAACGUGUCUCUCUUUGUAAAAGGUAAAAUGAUUGUUUGUUUCCCACUUCUGUUGAUUGUUAAUCUUUUCCAGUGAAACAGGUUUUAAUUCUUUUCUGAGAUUUCAGUCUGUGAAGAUUUAACUUUCGUAUUUAUGUUACUAGGGACUGAAUUCAUGGCCAGGUUGCAUGAACAUCUGAAGUAUUUUGUAAAUAUGAAGAUUUCAACAGACAAAUCCUGGCAAGGCGUAACUGUCUACUUAUCAGGCCAUGAGGUUACUUUUUACAUUAGUAAUUUCUUACAACAUUAAUAUUAAACGAAGCAGUAUUUAUUAAUUUUAUUUUGUUCUUUUUUUGUUCAGACACCUGGAGAAGGGGAACAUAAAAUUAUGGAAUUUAUAAGGUCAGAGAAAGCAAAGCCUGACCACGAUCCAAACACAAGGCACUGUCUGUAUGGUUUGGAUGCUGACUUGGUACGUUCAGAUUGAAAGUGUAUGCCUGGGAUUUGGGAAUAAAUUAAAUUCUGGAUAUAAAUGUAUGUGGCUAUUAACCACAGUGUCUCUUCAGACUGCAAUAAAUGCUUUUACGUGUGCCCAGCGAUUUCUCACCACCCUCUCACAUCAUAACCUGAUCUUGAAUUCCGGCAAGACUGAGCCACUGUGAGUGACCCCUUCAUGUGACAGAAAAAUUGGUCAACUGCCUGCCCUGGACAGGAUUGCAGUCUAGCUGAAGGCACAGUUAACACUGUCUGUGGGUGCUUCUGGAACCAGCUUUGUCUCUGGACGCCCAGGUAGCCUCAGUAACUAGAAGCAUUUUUUACCAGCUUGGCCUGAUACAACAGCUACAGCCAGCCGUUCCAGGACCAGGAGAGUUUGACCACAGUAGUGACCACUGGUGAUUUCCAGAUUAAAUUACUACACUGCAGUCUCUAUGUGACUUCUCUUGGGCUUGAUCUGGAAACUGCAGCUCGUGCAGAAUGAGUGAGACAGGCAGGAGUGAGAUGCUCUGUCCAAAGAUCUGCUCUGGUUGCUGAUUUGUUAUUGGGCCAAGUUCAGGGUGUUAAUAUUAGUAUAUAAAGCAGCUUGGCACAAGUUUAUUUGCAGGAUCUCCUUAGCCCAUGUAUGCUCUCUUGACAGCUUUGAUCUGCAGCACUGUUACAGAUGCCACACAAUACAGUGGUACCUCGGGUUACAUACGCUUCAGGUUACAGACUCUGCUAACCCAGAAAUAUUACCUCGGGUUAAGAACUUUGCUUCAGGAUGAGAACAGAAAUUGUGCUCCGGCGGCGUGGCGGCAGCAGGAGGCCCUAUUCGCUAAAGUGGUGCUUCAGGUUAAGAACAGUUUCAGGUUAAGAACAGACCUCCGGAACGAAUUAAGUACUUAACCUGAGGUACCACUGUAUUGAUUUUGCACAUGAAUGAAAAAGUUUUUUUAGUGUAGCUGACCCUGUACUUUGGAAUUCCCUGCCCAUUGACAUAAGGCAGGCAUCUUCGCUGUGCAGUAGGCCCUUAAGUUGUGCACUUUAAAAAAAAUGUACACACAUGGCGAAAAAGGGAGGACAUAGAGUUCUGACUUUGGCAAUACCACCUGCCAUUGAACCCAAUGAGUUUUUAUUUUAGGCACAAUCACUGGAACAUAACCUCUAUGUAAGUUGCAGGCCUAGUGUGUUCUUUUCACAGUAUUUUAGUGCUUAAAGCAUCUUACAUUGAUGAUUGUUUUGGGGGGGGAAUUAAUUCCUUGUUUUUAACUGUUUUUAAUUGAUAGUCUUAAUAUUUAUCAGAAACUGCUUAGAGCUUUUGUUACAAUCAAGUGAUAUAUAAAUUUUGUGAAAAAGUUAAGAAAAAUAAAACUCUUGACUACAACCUUUUUAAUUUGUGUAGGUUUGAAAAGUAGUUUAAGUAGUGUGGCAACUACUAGAAGAAUGCUAUUGGAAGAAGGGGGCACUCGCCAUGCAUGAGUCUCAUUGAGAUAAUUUUAAACCUAGGCUUACUUGCUUUCCCAUAAAAGAACUAAUAAUUCAGAGUUGCAGCAAAAUAUUUUAAAUAUGCUUACCUCAAAAACAAAGUGUCUUGUGGAACCUUAAAUACUGACAAAUGUAUUAUGGCAUAAGCUUUUGUAGACUCAAAGCUACUUUGUUAAAGUGACUGGUUUUAGGGGUAAAAACAUUUAAAAUGCUUCUUUCAACAGAUUAUGCUUGGACUGACAAGUCAUGAGCCACAUUUUUCCCUUUUAAGAGAAGAGGUCCGGUUUGGUGGCAAAAAGUCACAAAGGUAACUCCUCUAAAAAUAUGAAUUGCAUAAAAAAGGAAAAUUGAUCAAAACCACUAGAUAGCUACAUCAUUUUUUUAAAUGAAUAUUUGAUAUUGAAUUAUUUGUAAAAUUUCCAUCAGCUUACUUAGUUGUGAUCAAUAAUUUUACAGAGCGUGUGCCCCAGAAGAAACCACUUUUCAUUUACUGCACUUGUCAUUAAUGAGAGAAUAUAUUGACUAUGAAUUCUCACCAGUUAAAGUAAGUAUGGAUGGACCACAGGGCAAAAAUUGUUUAAAGGUUUGCAUAAGGCAUUGGUCACGAAUUGUUUCUAUCAACCUUUGUUUAUCAGGACAAGAUAUCGUUUACAUAUGAAGUUGACAGAAUAAUAGAUGACUGGAUCUUAAUGGGCUUUCUUGUCGGAAAUGAUUUUAUCCCUCAUCUACCUCACUUUCAUAUUAACCAUGAUGCACUGCCACUGCUGUAUAGAACAUACAUGGAUAUUUUGCCUAAACUUGGAGGUAAGAGUCUCACAAAGCUAAUGCAAUAUGGUCAGUUUCAAGAUUGCUUCUUGUUGCAAUUGUGACAGUAUUACAGAGGAGAUUGCAGAAUGGAAAAGACAGCAGGGAAUCCAGUCUUAAUUUUUUGUGUUAUAUUGCUCAUGUUGCUCCUCUUCAAUACAGUGUGCCUGCAGGAAAAGCAGCUCAUGAUUAUAAGCAUGAAUCAUAUUUUUCUUCUCUAAUAGGUUACAUUAAUGAAAGUGGGCACCUCAACUUACCUCGUUUUGAGAGAUACCUUACAAAAUUGUCAGAUGUAAGUAUAUUUUUUCUUCUGAGCAAAACUAAAGUCUUAACUUAAAGCCCCAUCUAUACCUUCAAUGUGCAGGUUUGCUCUCUAAAUCUGAGAACCUGAGUUUUUCAUUAAAAAGAAAAAGAAAAGAAUUCUAGCUGUCAUCAAGGUGGAGAGAUGCUUGAAAAUUUUGAAAGUAGCAUGAUUGAAAAUAUUGGGCAGCUUCAUCCAUUUUGGAAUUAGCGGACACGCUGCAUGUAUAUGAUUCUGGCUUCCCAGAAUGCAUGUCCAGUAAAGAAAAAAAGCAACUUUCCACCACACAUGUUACAGAGUAUGCAAGGAGGAUCGUAUCUUUUGAUUUUAUAACUGUAACAUUACCAAUCUGCUUUUCUUAUGCUGCAAUUACCUUUCUUUUUAUCUCAGUCAAGCCACUAAAUCUGUACCUCUCAAAUAUAUUCUGCUUCUGUAAAUCAGCAUAGCUUUACUUUUUGUGUCGUAGCAAUUCCCACCCCACCCCCCAGUGUAUGAUAAACUUCCACUAGUGCUAAACAGGUGAACUGUUCCAACCUGCCAGAUCUGCAGUUGAAAAUAGUAGUAGGAAAAUAUGCUGCUUCUUUUUUUGAAAACAUUUUAAUUUCGUUUUUUACAAUACACGUUUAUAGAAAAAAUUCAAUUGCAUAUCCAUAUGAAGAGAUUCCUCGGAAUCUCAGGACUCCCCCACCCCUUCCCUGGAGUCCCAUUUUAAUCAGUUAAAAACUGCAUCUUCUUCAAACUCUAAUUAUUAUAUCAAUCCAUAUUCUCCAUGAUAAUUGUUACACUACAAGUGAUUCAAAAUCCUGCCAAUGUUUCCAUCUGCUUACAGUGGUCUCUUUGAUUACUUAUACAUUUUCCCCAUUCUUUUAUAAAGUUUUUGUCCUCUUGAUUCCUGAGUUUUCCAGUCAGCUUUGCCAUCUCAGCCUAGUCCAUCAGCUUGGUUUGCCAUUCUUCUCUGGUCGGGACUGUGUCUUCCUUCUGUCUCUGGGCUAGUAGCAUCUCAGCAGCUGUUGUUCCAUACAUCAAAAGUCUUUUCUGGUCUCUUGGAAUAUCUGUAUCAGUAAUUCCUAAGAAAUUACUGGUUUUUUAACAAAUGUCAUUUUAAACUUCUUUUUCCAUUUCAUUAUAUAUCAUCUCCCAGAAAGCUUUACCACCUUUCAAGUCCACCACAUAUGAUAAAAGGUGCCUUCUUUUUCUUUACAUUUCCCGCAGGUAUUUGUACUUGUCCCUGUACAUUUUUGCCAACUUAGUAGGAGUCAAAUACCAACGGUACAUCAUUUUCAUAUAAUUCUCUUUCAAGGAACAACAGGCCGUAAAUUUCAGGUCUGUGUUCCAUAACCUUUCCCAGUCUGCCAUCUGAAUGUUAUGACCCAGAUAAUACGCUUUGGAGUUCAAAUAUCUCCUUGAGAAAUUUGCCUUGAAAUAGAUUAGAUGUAUAAUGAUAAUGCUUUUCUUUCUUCCAUUUAUUUUAACAGUUUGACCGUGAGCAUUUCAGUGAAAUCUUUUUAGAUCUGAAGUGGUUUGAAAGCAAAGUGGGCAAUAAAUAUCUGAAUGAGGCAGCUGGUAUUGCUGCGGAAGAAUCAAGAAUGCAAAAGAAGCGCAAGGUUAGUAGUCUGGUGCCAUCUGCAAAUUUGAUGAGCGUCCCUUCAAUUCCUUAAUCCAAGUCAUUUAUAAAGACGAUGCAUUCUUGUAGCAUUGAAAUUUCACUCUUUACCAUCACAGCUUCUUUGAAUUGAUUCUAUAUGCAUAUCACUCUGUGUUAUUUAAAGUAUCAAUCACAAUUUUAACAGGCUCAGGAAAAUGCUAUGUGCUUGGCUGCUUUGGAGAAAACUGACAAUGGAACUGUAGCAUCUUUAAAAAGUGAGUCCAAUUGUUGUGUGGUGCCUGUGCUGGCUAAACUUGUGUACAUAAAUUAUCUGUGAGCCCGAGAUUCUUGGCAUUUUACUCUUUAAGUGAAAGUGAGUAAAAGACAAUGAAUUUUUUUUAAAGGAAGCUGUUUUUAUUUCCAUUUUCCACACUAUUUGCACACUUAAAGUUUUCAGCUAGGUUCAUUUUAAUUUCAGGCAAGCAUAUUUGCUAUACUCCUUUCGGUGCCUGAUAAAAACAAUCUUGUUUAGACAAGCCUACCCAGAUGCUUAUAAACCUGAGGAAAUUUUAAUCCCUUUUUGGUAUUUUAACCUUUGUAUGUUUCUAAGCAUGGUUGUAAUUUUUUCUUGAUUUUAUUGUUUCAUACUUUGAGGAUUUUUACAAUGAAGUGGUGGAUACAGCUUAUUAAAAAAAUUAAAAAGGAUAAAUAGCAGAUGUUAAUUGUGGUAUACAACAAGUUAAUUGCUCAAUUUUAUUUUUCAUUUUAGCUUCUUUAGAAGAUGAGCCAGAAGAUGAUGAUUUGUUUGAGACAGAGUUUAGGCAAUACAAAAGAACAUACUAUAUGACCAAGAUGGGUGUAGAAGUAGUUUCAGAGUAAGUAUUAGCAACAAAAUGGCUUCUUGCAUGAGCACUGGAACUCCUCCAAGUGGGUUACAAUUUCUAAAAUAAAAAAGAAGAACCUGUGCUCCAGUUAUAGUACCUGUGCUUCAUUUAUAGUAACUGAAGCGAUUACAUAAUUUCUGUUAGUGAAUUUAAAAUGUUUUAAGGUUUUAUUUCAACCCAUGCCUCUGAAAUAGCUGGAGGUAAUAGCUAAAACAGCUUCAUUCUCAAUCUUAUUUGUAAGUGAAAGGAGAAAAUAUAUGCCAUUUUUGGUAUUUUUGUUUUAGUGCCUUUCUAGCUGACCAGGCAGAAUGUUACGUCCAGGCAAUACAGUGGAUAUUGCACUACUACUACCAUGGGGUUCAGUCAUGGAGCUGGUAAGGUGAAAUUUACAAGUGGAAUGCUUAUAUCAGCUUUGCAAUCAAGUGUGUUUUAGACCAGAGGUUUUCAACAUUUUUGCGUCCACGGCUCCCUUGGCCAACUACAUUCUUUCUGCGGCACCCCUGUGGGGCUCAGGAGCCCAGUUAUGACACCCCUUGCCUGCAGAGCUGUAAGCCUCUUACCCUUUUCCAAACACCAUCCCUUAUGGAGUGUUCCCUCAGCCUCUUCUCCUCUCCCCCCACGCCUUGGGAGUCCUCUGGUCUCUGAGCUGCCCCCAUGCCCCUAAGAGAGGUGCCUCCUCACACUGCCCCACAGGGGCCUGAGAAGAAGAUGCCCCCAGCCUUUGUGGCCCAACGGAGACUGGACAAAGGUGAACUUGAGGCUAGCAUCUUAACCUUGGGAGGCAGCAGCAGGUGCUGCCAGGCUUGCAUGGCGGAAAGGCUCCCUUUCAGCACUGGGCACUCAACUCCUAGGCAUGUCUUGCACACAGCAAGCACAAGAAAGGCCAGCACAGCGCCUGCCUGCCAGCCUCCCACUUAUCUGCCCAUUCCCAACAGCAAGGGCUGGCUGGCUGGCUGGCUGGCUGGGCUCCCUUGCCCGCUUGCUUGCUUACUUUGAGGCUGCCUGGCAGCUAGCACCCCCUGGCCAUCCCCAGAGGCACUAUUCACCUGCAAAACUUGUAGCCAGGGCUGUUGCAACAGACAGCUGUUCAGUCAUUUGGGAGGCAGAGACACAAGAGGGCAUCAGAGCAGAGAGGGAAGGAAAGAGGGACAGAUGCCAGGCCAGUGUUGCCCUGACCAUCAUUCAAGGCACCCUGGUUGAAAACCACUGUUUUAGACUAUACAUAUAGCUGCCACUUGACACCCAGUUCCUUAAACCACUCCUCCUCACCCCAUACAAUUUAGAGCAGUGCUGUCUGAGUUACAUACCUUGUCUAAUUAUUUGUGAUUUUGUUCUUCCUCCAGACCAUUAAAAUAAAUAAGAUUACAAUAUAUGUGUUUAUGCUUUUCGUACAGCUGCAACCUUUGUUGAACUAAAAUAGCAUCUUUCCUCCUUGUAGGUUCUACCCCUACCAUUAUGCACCUUACCUCUCAGAUAUCUGCAACAUCAGUGAACUGAAAAUCCACUUGGAUUUAGGAAAACCAUUCAUGCCAUUUGAACAGCUUCUUGCAGUACUUCCAGCAGCCAGCAAGGAUUUGCUGCCAAAAUGCUAUCAGGUAGUUAAAAAUCUUUAGAGGGAUUCAUCAUUCAUCAUUAUGGCUACUAUCCUUCUAUUUUACAAAGAUAAUUUCAACCCUACUCUUGUGCAUUAUAUAUAUAUACAUUCUCCAUAUAGGGAUUUGCUUAAUUAAGUACCACUGGAAAAGGAACAUUGUCCAAAUUCUAAAUUCUUUGACCAAAAGGCUUUAGAAAUAAUUUACUUUCCAUCAGUAAGGGCUAAUGUUAGUUAGGUCUUAUCAUAGUCUUCUUUUAAAAUGUAGUUUAGUUUGAAUUCCCAUUGCUUAACUUUGAUUACUUACUUCCAAUUCUUUAGCAUUUGAUGACUGGUGAAGAGUCUCCCAUUAUUGAAUAUUAUCCAACUGAAUUUAAAACUGAUCUAAAUGGAAAGCAACAAGAAUGGGAAGCAGUGGUUUUAAUACCAUUUAUUGAUGAGGUAAGAACUCUACCAUUCUUUGAUCACAAAGUGACUAGUAAACUGUUUAAACCAAGGCCUGGUUUGCAUGGUUUAGUUUUAUUUUUCUUCCAAAUUUGAGACCAGAUAAGUUGAAUCAGCAAUAGCUAUCUGUGUGCUCCAGUGGUUAGUUUACAAAGACCUUGGGAGGUAGUUCUUUACCUUUCUACCUCUGUCCCCAAGACUAUGCCCAAGAAGAGUUAGUAAAUGGGCUCCAGGCAUUCCAGGCUUCAGCCAUUCUAUUCCUCUAGUUCCUAUAAGUGUAACCAUAGGGAGAAAUGAAUGACCAAACCAAGAAAUUAUAAACCCAAAGAGUGCUUAAUCUUUGGGGACAUCAUUAGUUCAAAUAAUUAUGAAUCACCCUUUCAGGAAAAAAAUGCUACAGUACAGUAUUCUCCCCUGGAGAAGAGCAGGGAUGGCUCACUUCUAAGUGUUCCUAGGGACAAACUUAGGCAAAACAGGGGGAGUAAUGUUCAAACCAUCCUUUGGACAUGAAUAAUUAGAGCUACACUCUUAGCCAUAUUUAGUCCAGAUGCAAUGCUACUCAUUCUGGGACCUCCCAGUUAAAGGGCAGGUAAGAAAUUAAUAAUAAUAAUCAUAAUACUAAUUAUUUAAUCAUGGAUAAGGGAAAUAGUUGCUCCCUUCACAUACGCCCUCAUUUCUUGCUUAAUUAUUUACCCCUCUUCCUGCUUUUUCCUUAACAUCCUUAAUUAUAGUCAAUACUCACUGGGAUUGAACUUGCCCUAUUGAUUUCAUUAGGCACUAAGUUUAACUAAUUUAGAUUGGAUCCAACCUCCUCCCAGUCUCUGCAUUUCAAUAUGCCUAAUGCUUACUAAGUGUUAUAUUCUAUUUAGAAACGAUUGUUAGAAGCAAUGGAAUCCUGCAACAAGUUCUUGACAAUAGAAGAAAAGCAAAGAAAUAGGCACAGUGAAUGCUUGAUGUACUUCUAUGAUAAAGACACAGAGUUCCAGUACCUGUCUCCAUGGCCAGAGAAGUUCCCUUCCAUAGAAAGAUGCCAUGCAAAGUAAGACUGCAGGUGUAAUUCCUUAAUUCAAAGUGUGCAAUCUACUGAGCGCCGCUGCUGCAGUGCCCCUUUGCGUUAGCUUUGUUUGGAAGUUAGUUUCAAAAUCGCGUUUGUUUCAGAAACACUAAGUAGGUUCUUGGCUGUAGCCCAUAGAUAAUAGUAAGAAAUCAUUUGACAGAAAUGUGUAAUGAAAUGCUCUUAAGCUGUCCUUGUCCCCUCAUACAAUCAAAGAAGAUGUCAGUUAGUAAAGUUAAAUGGCCAAAGAUGGAUUCUUCUGCAUAUAUUUGAUAGACUUCCUUUAAUUCUGACUGACUGUUGUAAGCGUAACAACGUUCUUGUUUUCAGCCUUUGUUUACUGUGAAAGGCAGUGUUUCAAAAUAUACAUUUGUAAAAAAAAAAGCUAUGUUCUGUGUGCAGAGACAGUUUUUCAGAGGAGCUGUAUGUUGAAAGUUGUGCUCUUGUUUCUUAGGCAUAAAGCUAUGUCUCUGGACGUCUGGCGUGUAGAUAUAGCCCAAAAUAAAAUAACAAAAUUGGAUAUGGAAAGGCUGUAUUUCUGUGGCUUUCCUACUCUGAAGCACAUUAAUCAUAAGGUAAAUGGUGCUUUAUUGAUUUAAGAAUGACAUGUUUUUGUUAGGUACUUAUUCAGUGGAAGGCUUUCAUUGUACAUCUUGACUUUCUAUCCCUAUUCUAGUUCUAUCUGAAAAAAAGUGGGGUACAAGUUUUUCAACAGAGCAGCCAUGGAGAAAACAUGCUACUGGAAAUAAUGGUUUCCGAUGAUUCAGAGGAACUAGUGAGUGUCUGGCUUUUUCAACUUUGUUUUUGACAGUCUCUUAUUUUAGAGAAGUAAUGCUAGGUGCUCUCCAAGUUUUGUUGUCAAUAGCUGUGCUUGGAUAUCACAAUAAACAAUAGUUUAGUGAGAUAUGUGAGCUUAGCCUCCCCCUGGACUUGUGUAUCUCUCUACAUCCAGGACCCUGCAUUGACCCUGUCCUGUAGAGAUUUAGUACAAGGUGAGGCACAAGACUAUUUGAGAAAGUGACAGGAGCCUGGUGACCAAAAGUACAUUUUUGACAUCAAGGCCGAAGCAAAAAUAUGUGUACCUAUGGUCCUUGGUGCUUUCUAGGAUUUAAAAACAUGGAACUGUAGAUCCCAGGACACAGCAAGGCUACUGGCUUUGUUAUGUGUGGUACUUACAGAUUUGCUAUAAAAUUGUUUUCAGUAGGUUAACCAACUGCUUUUCUUCCUCAGAAUGCUGAAAAUGUAGCCAGUUUGGUGCUUGGGAAAUCAAUAUUUGUUAACUGGCCUCACUUGGAAGAAGCCAGAGCUGUUGCUGUAUCAGAUGGUGAAACUAAGUAAGGAAUACCAAUGUACUUUGCAAAGUUUGUCACUUACUUGCAUCUUCAGAUGUCCAUCUUCAUAAACAAGUUUUCAUAUGACAAGGUCUUGAAGCAAUGGCUGUUUUGCUUUUUGAAAUAGCUAUGUAAACCAUACAUAGACCAGCCUGGGGGGAAAAUGUCCCUUUUCUUGCAGGAUUUUUGAAUUUAGUUUAAGGUAUUUUUUACGUGACAGAUGUGGAAAUACUUGUAUUAAUUUCGGUUUUGUUUCUAUUUGGAUGUAUUGAGUUGUUUUUUGGAAUUUUGUUUGUUACGAUUUCUUAUGGUAAAGGGCAGAAUGUAAACAUCCAGAAUAAAUGGACUAUGAUAAACUGAACAGUUUUUGUGGAAGAGCAAAACAUUUAUCGUCCACAUUCUUUGCUCUUUGCUGAUGGGAAAAGAGCCAAACUGGAUCAGACAGGGCUAGUGGUCAUCAAGACUGGAAGCAAAGCAAGCAUACUUUUCAUUUCUUUAAUGAAACAUAUUUAUUGGUACCAAGUGGAUUUGCUGUCCUAAGUUCAUUUGCUAGUCCUAAAUAAAUAUGCUUAGGACCGAGAUUUCCUUUUAUUUAUAUGAAGUGUAAAUUUAUUUUAAGGUUUCAGUUGGAGGAACCUCCUGGAACACAGAAGCUCUAUAUGGGGAAUGCUGCCCCACCAACCAAAGCAACAUUUGUUCGAGAUAAAGAACAGAAUAUCUGGGUGAAAGAAAUCCAAGGAAUUUCAGAACAGUAAGAAACUGCCUCCCGCGUUUGUAGUUUGACAGCAUAUUUUGACACACUGGUUCAUUUUAAGGGUGGACAGCUUGCUUCUCGUGGACUGCCACUUUAGAAAUGUAUUGUGAGUCCGAUGGCCACACCUGUUUUUCAGUUUUUAGGUAUCUCUUGGUAGACUGGUGGUUGCCACACUCACAUCAAUGGAUGUAACUAUCUCAUUCAGAAGUUACCUUCAAAACUGAAAAGCUUAAGACAGCCCUUGAGGAAUCAUGAUAGAUAGAAAAGUGAAUGAACUUUGUUUUCACUUCUGUUUGACUCACUGUUUCCAGUCUUUUCAUUCUUUUUGCCAUAUCACAUUCACUGCUCUACAGUGAAGGGAGCCAGAGACACUAGAAAUCUGUGUUUCUCUUUAUUCCCAUGCAACCUUCAAGGUUCACGUAUUGAUGUUUAAUACUGAGUCUUGCUAACUGAAAUAAUCCUUUGCAAGGUUCUGUAUUGCACACUUCUACCUAAAGUUGUUCAGCUUUGUAGUGAUAGUUAAUCUUGCUACUUGUUGUUUAACCAGGGAUUGUUGCAUUUCCUUGGAAGAUGUCAUGCCACCCAGAGCUGAUUAUAGGCUACUUUAGUAGUUUUGUACCAUAGGCUCUUUGAACAGUAAUUUCAAGGAAGAUUUUCCCAUGAGUAGGGAACCUCUGGCCUUGGGGCUAAGUGUAACCCUCCAGGCCUCCUUUCUGGUCCUACAUACUCUAUUCAGGCUACACCUUUCACUGCCUCUGCUUCACAUCAUUCUGGGGUGCUUUUGCCUUGCUGCGCUGGGUUCAUGAGAUGUGAUAAUGCCUCUGGAUGGAGGGAUUUGUGUAGAUAGAGUUGUGACUUUUGCUUGACUUCAGUGUAAACUACUGUACAAAUGUAAGAGUCAGAUCUCUUGUUCAGCGCAUUUUUUACUCUGGUCCUGCCCACCAUUAGCAUGCAGCCGCUUGAAGAUUGCCCAAGAGGAAAUGCAGCCCUUGGGCUGAGAAGUGUUUCUCACUCUUCACAGAUUUGUAGAGUUGGAAGGGUCCAUGGGGGUCAUCUAGUCCAACCCCCUGCAAUGCAGAAAAUCUUUCACCCAACGUGGAACUCGAACCCAUGACAAGAGUCUCAUGCUGUACCGACUAAGCUGUAUGCAUCCUUAAAUUCAUUCUCCCAUAUCCUCUUUCUUCCAGUUACCAGAGAAGAAAAGGAGUAAUCAUAAAUGAAACAUCUGCAGUUGUUUAUGCUCAAUUGCUAACUGGGCGUAGAUACCAGUUAAAUCAAAGUGGUGAAGUGUAUUUGGAGAAGCAGUGGUCCAAGCAAGUUCUACCUUUUGCAUACCAAACAAUUGUCAGGGUAAGUUCCUCAGUUGAGUUUUUCAUCAGUGAAUUGAGAUAAGAGGCCACAAUGUAUACAGUCAAAUUCAAAAUACUAAGCUUAUAAGUUUACUGCUGAUAGGAUACACAUGUGCACUUAGAUCUACAGGCCUGUUGCCUCACUCUUGCCAUAGCCUACAAUCCUAUCACAGUAUAGUUGAGAGAUGUGGCUAAAGGCUGCUGUACAAAUUUCUCCAACAUCAUUUCAUUUUUCUUGUUAUCUGUGUCUUGUGUAAUGACAUAGUGCACAGUUAGGAUACAAUAAUAUCUUAAUAAUAAUAGGAUAUAAAUUAGUCCUUGGCAUUUAGGAAUCAUUUAAGUUGCCAUGGUUCAGAAUCUGCUUAGAACUUGGGAUUGGGAAGUGGUUCACAUGAAGUAUAGACAUUCUCAAAAUGUUUAUGGAAUUACCGUAUUUUUCGGCCCAUAGGGUGCACCGGCCCAUAGGGCGCACCUAGUUUUUUUGGGGGGAAAUAAAGGAAAAAAAAUUUAUUUCCCCCCCCAGGCCCGAGCUUCCCCCGACCCCAGCCCCCAGAACAGGCAGCUCUCCACAAGCCGUGCGACUUCGCGCAGCCCUCCCACAGCUUGCAGAGAGCUGCGCAAAGCCCGAAGCCUGGGGGGCGCUGAGCUCAGCGCGCCCCCAGGCUUCAGGGUGCAGGCAGCUCUCCACAAGCCGUGGGAGAGCUGCGCGAAGUCGCGCAGCUCUCCCACGGCUUGCGGAUAGCUUCCUGAAGCCUGGAGAGCGAGAGGGGUCGGUGCGCACCGACCCCUCUCGCUCUCCAGGCUUCAGCGACAGCCUGCAUUCGCCCCAUAGGACGCACACACAUUUCCCCUUCAUUUUUGGAGGGGAAAAAGUGCGUCCUAUAGGGCGAAAAAUACGGUAGUAUAUUUCUUGAGGAGUAAGCAAACUAGAGUAGGCUGUUCUGUCUUGCCACACAUAGUUAAUGUAGGUUGCAGUCUUAUGUUCACUUACUUGAAAGUAAGCUCCAUUGAUCUCAGACUUACUUCUGAGUAGACAUGUCUGUGAUUUUAAUGCUAAGUAUUUAAUUAGAGCAUGAUUUCCCCCCACAUUUUUCAUGCAGGAUAUAAAGGCCUUUGAUUCCCGCUUCUCCAGUCUCAAAACUUUGGAUGACCUGUUCCCUCUGGGAUGUACAGUCUUCAUGCUGGGAUCACCUUAUUAUGGCUGCACAGGAGAAGUUAGUUUUAUCUGAAAAUGUUUUUCCAAAAGACUUUUCUUAAAAAUCAAGUCUGACUCCUUCUACAUUAUUUUAUUACAUAAUUUUAAAAACUGAGCUCUACAUUGGAAUAAUGAUGUUUUAGGAGCUAUUGUACCACUUCCAUUUCUUCACCUUCCUGAACCUUUCCUCCCUUUGUAAAGGAACAUUUCUUCUUCUUUGCUGUUACUCUUUUGUUUAAAUUAUUUGGCUCCAGCCCUUCAUUGCAAGAUCUCAGGGCACAGAACAGUAAGACUUGUUUUGAAACAACAAAUCCAUUAAACAGCAUGAGUGUAGAUAAUUUUAUUUUGCUGUUGCUUUCAUUUAAGAUACUCAUCAGAUUCUUAGGAGGGAGAAAGACACUGGCUGCUGUGUGUGAAAUGAACUUAAAUUUGAGAGAGUUUCUUUAAUAUCUCUUUAAGGUACAGGAUUCAUGUGAUGUUAUCCUGGAAGGCAGAAUUCGUGUUGUUUUCAACAUUCCAUGUGAACCUCAGCUGGAUGCCUUAAUACAGAAUCAGCAUGUAAGUGUUAUUUCUCUUAACAGUGGAUAUGUCUCUGUAGAUUUCAUCUUAACUAUUAUAAGUACUAUUUGAACAAUAUGCAGAGGACCCUCGUACCUACGGGACCGCCUCUCCUGGUAUGUCCCACAGAGGAACUUACGAUCCUCAAACAAAAACAUCUUGGAGGUCCCAGGCCACAGAGAGGUUAGGCUGGCCUCAACCAGAGCCAGGGCUUUUUUGGCUGUGGCUCCGAUCUGGUGGAACGCUUUGCCACAAGAGAUUAGGGCCCUGUGGGACUUGACAUCUUUCCACAGGGCCUGCAAGACAGAGCUGUUCUGCCAAGCCUUUGGCCAGGGCACAGCCUGACUCCCUCCUUUGGCAAUCUUCACAGAACUCUAGCCCAAUGGUUGCCAUCAAUUUGAUUUGAAGUAAUUUUGAAUGAAAUGAUUUUAGAAUGUUGUAUUAUUUUAUUGUUGUUAGCCGCCCUGAGCCCGGCUUCGGCUGGGGAGGGCGGGUUAUAAAUAAAAUUUUAUUACUAUUAGUUAUUAUAUGUAUGUAUUUGCACAAGCCCACCCAGUGAAUUUUUUAAAAAGCACAAACUAGUUUUGAAGUUUCCCUUUUUAGGUGACAUGGGAAGCUACUGUUUGAGGGGGAACUAACUUUACUGAGCAAAUUUCGUCUUUCCUUGUAUCUUGGCCGUAGUUUUUCAAUGCAGGUUUCGUAACACAGGAACAAUUAAAUAUUUAUCUCAUUCAAGAGUUACAUGAAAAAUCUGGUUCAUGACCAGAAUUUGGAAUCUUGCAAAUGUAAGCUUUGACUUUUUAAUGUGUGACACAUGUAGCAUUGCCAAAAGCCGUGUAAACUAUGUGAGUGUGCUCAGCCUCUUUAUUACUUCAGUUCUGUGUUAGCAGUAGCUUUCAGACAUCGCAAGCAGGGUUGAGACCAUGUUCUGCUAGGUACUUUGCAGACACACACAAACUUGCCUUGCCUUGAAGACUCAGGAAGGGAAAACAGUGUAGCUCAGCAGACCAAUGCAGAUGUGUGUUGGGCAAAAUAACACCGGUCCUGAAAGAUCUACAUUGGCUCCCAGUACGUUUCCAAGCACAAUUCAAAGUGCUGGCGCUGACCUUUAAAGUCCUAAGUGGGCUCCACCCCCACCUUCAACCCAGACACUGAGGUCCAGCUCCGAGGGCCUUCUGGCGGUUCCUUCACUAUGAGAAGUGAGGUUACAGGGAAGCAGGCAGAGGGCAUUCUCAGUAAUAGCGCCCGCCCUGUGGAAUGCCCUCCCAUCAGAUGUCAAGGAAAUAAACAACUAUCUGAAGGCAACCAUGUUUAGGGAAGUUUUUAAUGUUUGAUGUUUUAUUGUGUUUUUAAUAUUCUGUUGGGAGCCGCCCAGAGUGGCUAAGGAAACCCAGCCAGAUGGGUGGGGUAUAAAUAAAUAAAUAAAUAAAUAAAUAAAUAAAUAACUAUGGAUAAUACUCUCACAGGUGAAGGAGUGAUGCUAACUCAUAUAAAUUUGUGCCAGGUUUUUAUUUACCUCCCUGGCCUUCCAGUUUAGUGCAGAUAAAUAGAAGUGCAGGAAAGUCCCUGAGCAGGUGAAAACCUUAUGAAGAUGUCUCCAUUCAUUUUUCCUACAAUGCAUGGAGGAGUGAGAAGUCAUGUUAAAAGAACAUAUUAGCAUGGCAGAAGCUGACUGCCAUUUGUAUUUCAUUCCUUCCCCUGCCUUCCUCUUAAAAGCUUCAGCGAGACCAACAGAAAUGUUUCCGAUUCUAAGGCCAGCAAGCAGUCGUACGAACAUUGAAAACUAAGAUUUAUUAUGAGUUGAGUUUUCAUGGACUAGAAUCCAUUUCAUUGGAUGUAUGAAGCAGACUCUAGUCCACGAAAGGUUAUGCAAUGAGACUGCAAGACUGCUUACUUCUGCUGCUCCUCUGGAAGAUUGUAAAGAGAAUGAUCUUUUUCGUCACUAUACAACUGAUAUUGUUGCAGAAAUAUUCCGUGAAGUACAAUCCUGGAUAUGUAUUGGCCAGUCGUCUUGGAGUGAGUGGCUAUCUUGUUUCGAGAUUUACAGGAAGCAUUUUUAUUGGAAGAGGAUCCCGGAGAAAGUAAGCUCUGAGUAUAAACUUCUUUUGCAGCAAGAUGUUUGAUUGUUAGUUUGUAGCAAAGGCCACAAAAGCCUGUUACCUGGUGAAGUUACUUUGUUUGCAUUCCAUAUACAAUGGAACCUCGGGUUACGUACCGUCCUCCUUAUGAAAGCUUCGGGUAACAAGCUCUGCUAACCCGGAAGUAGGGCUCCUGGUAGCGAACUUUGCUCCAGGAUGCGAGCAGAAGUCGCACACCGGCGGCAGCGGGAGGCACCAUUAGCGAAAGCGCGCCUCAUGUUAAGAACGGUUUCGGGUUAAGAACGGACCUCCAGAACAAAUUAAGUUCAUAACCAGAGGUACCACUGUAUCCUGAAAAAGUAUCGUAUUUUUCGCCCCAUAAGACGCACUUUUUCCCCUCCAAAAAUGAAGGGGAAAUGUGUGUGCGUCCUAUGGGGCGAAUGCAGGCUUUUGCUGAAGCCUGGAGAGUGAGAGGGGUCGGUGUGCACCAAUGCCUCUAGCUCUCCAGGCUUCAGGAAGCUAUACGCAAGCCUUGCACGCCCUGCGGGAGGUCCUGCCGGGCGCGCGAGGCUUGGGGCGGCAGCCUGCAGCUCGUGCUUUGGGCAGGUGUGCGCAAGGCUUGGGACUGCAGUCGCGGCUGGGGGGUGAAAUAAUUUUUUUUUAAUUCAUUUCCCCCCCAAAAAACGAGGUGCGUCCUAUGGGCCGGUGCACCCUAUAGGACGAAAAAUACGGUAUAUAUGCAAGAAGAGUUUUCAUGUGGGGAAGAAGAAAAAAAAUGUGAAGACAGGAGUUAGUGCAAAUCAUUGCUUUGCCUGACUGGGCUCCUUGUCUGGCACAGUUGUGCACAUUGUAUUUCCCCUUCCUAUCUCAGAUAUUAGUUAGAUCUGGACAUUCAUUAAUUUCUUGGGUUUCUUAUUGUUCCAACAGACAAAAAAGGAACUUGAAAAGAGACUGAAUUCCUGUUUAAUCACAAAGUCUUCUCAGAAGGAAAUUCACUUUUGAAACAAGUUUAUACUUUUACCAGAUCCAUGUGUGAACUGUAAUCACUUGUUUAAAUAUAUUGCAGACUUCUCCUAAAGCUAGGUCAUAUGCUUGUUAUAUUACAUUGCAAAAUUUUGCUAGGAUUCAGUGAGUUAAAACUCCUGUUCUACAUUCAGUGGUUAAUUAGUAGUAUUUUGGUCAGGCAUAUACUAUGCCAGUAAUAUAUUGGUAUUUCUUCACAAAAUUUAGCUAGCAUUCCAACUUUUGAUUUUGCAGUCCACAUGGAGAGCAUAAAGCAAAUGUGGGGUUGAACUUAAAAUUCAAUAAAAAGAAUGAAGAGGUCCCUGGCUAUACCAAGAAAGUUGGAAACGAAUGGAUGUAUUCCUCAGCUGUAGAGCAACUCCUUGCUGAAUAUCUGGAAAGGUAAGCAUUAAACUAUACUUUAGACUGCAUAUGCCUUGCAUGUAACAGUUCAAAUACAGUCGUACCUCAGAAGUCGAAUGCAAUCCGUUCUGGAAGUAUGUUCAACUUCCAAAACAUUCAGAAACCAAGGCACGGCUACCGAUUGGCUGCAGGAAACUCCUGUAACCAAUCGGAAACUGCAGAAGUUGCGCUGGACUUUCGGGUUCCAAAGAACAUUUGCAAACCGGAACACUCACUUCCGGGUUUGCGGCGUUUGGGAGCCAAAACAUACAAGUGCCAAGGCGUUCGGCUUACAAGGUACGACUGUACAACUGACGUGGGCAGCAGUAAUUGAGACAAUGGGAACAGGGUCAUUUUUGCAGCAUUUGCCACAAAGUUCUGGCUUCGCAUAGGUAUGCCGCUCAUAUUUUCCUUCACUUCCUCACAUUUGAGAUGUCUUGCACAUGGGCGAAAUGCAUAAAUGUCUGUUGCCUGGUUUGCAUGUACCAGGACGCAUGACUUAAUUUAACAAAGGCAUCUCGGGAAUGAGCCAUUCUCGGCCAAGAGAAGGAAAACAGUUCAAAAUUCAGGCUUCCUUUUCUUGGCUGAGAGGGAGGCGUAGGUGAGGUUGAUAAAGUGGAUAAAUCCCCACCACCAGUGGUGACGAUGGGGAGCACAAGAAGGCCUGUCUAGUGCCCCCACUGCUCACUCCCUCGCUCUGCCAGCCUGCUUGCUUGUUCAGCACUUUUAAGGCUUCCCUCACCAUGUGUUAACUUGAGAGUGUGUGUGCACUUUUGUCUCCAGUGUCGCAACAGACAAGUGCAGAUAUAGUAGAGAGAUAAAUUUGUCGCUGCAUGCUCAACCGGCAAGGUGCUGUUUUAUGGAAUGUAUAUAGAGAUGUAUACAAAAUCUGCUCAGAAUGGUAUAUUUGCAUUUUCUUAGGGCCCCAGAACUUUUUAGUUACCUAGCCAAAAAUGGUCAAGAGGACAUAUUCUACGAAGAUGACAUUUGGCCAGGUGAAGAAGAGAAUGGGUAAGCAGCUCAUACCUUUAAAGCAUUAUUAGGGUAGUUAUAGGGUUGUAAAAAUGAGUCUUGUCAAGUUCAGUUCUGCACCUCGAAUCAAUUCUUCAAACUUAGUUGUUGAAUUUGUGAUAGCUGGUAUCAAAGCAUGAUUCCUAGUGCUCUUCUAACAAUUACCUUUAACCAUUUGGACAAGCCCAUCCUCUGAUAAUAUAACCAACUAAUACUACAGCCAAUCAACUCUUUAUAAUAUACACUGAGUGGCUACAUCCUGAAAUAGACCUGCUUACUUAUGUUUUAUUUAUUUGUAAGGAGUAAUAGCAGUAGUAAGAAAUGAAUAUCUCUAGCAAAUAAGAGUUAUUGUUUAGUUUUUCACAGUUUUUUGUGAUUCUGCUGGAAAUAUACACUAGACCUGAUGUUUUUUCAUUAAAGUACAUACCUUUGUAAAGUCAAGUCUUAAAUCCCUUACAGCAUAAUUCUAACCACAUCUGCUUAGAAAUAUGUCCUAUUGAAUUCAGGAUCUUCAAGACCUGUCUUUUAUUUUUACAGAUAUGUUUGUUAAGUUGCGUUGUUUGUUGCAAUUGGUUUUUAGUCUUUAUAUGGUUGCUUUUGGUCAUUAUUAUAAGGAAAGUGACUAAAUAAUAAUAGAAGAGUUUACUUCAGGUAAGUGGGGUUAGGAUUGCAGUUUCAGUAGCUUGCUGAAGCUCAUUUGAACUAUAUGUAAAUCGUAAUAGUAUAUGAGUGGGUGGUUUGUUGAACUUUUAUAGCUGAUUUAACGUUUGAGUUAAAUUAUUGGCAAUGUCCCCUCUGCCAUACUUGAGGGCAGAUACCAAAAGAUUCCAACUGAGAAACGACUCUGCCCCUGUGGAGAUGGCAAUCUGGAAACAGUGGCUCAUGUUCUCCUGUCCUGUCCCCUUUAUAAAGAUCUGAGGAAUGAGAUCAUUGUUGUUGUUGUUGUUGUUUAGUCGUAUAGUCGUGUCCGACUCUUUGUGACCCCAUGGACCAGAGCACGCCAGGCACUUCUGUCUUCCACUGCCUCCUGCAGUUUAGUCAAACUCAUGUUGGUAGCUUCAAGAACACUUUCCAACCAUCUCAUCCUCUGUCGUCCCCUUCUCCUUGUGCCCUCCAUCUUUCCCAACAUCAGGGUCUUUUCCAGGGAGUCUUCUCUUCUCAUGAGGUGGCCAAAGUAUUGGAGUCUCAGCUUCAGGAUCUGUCCUUCCAGUGAGCACUCAGGGCUGAUUUCCUUCAGAAUGGAUAGGUUUGAUCUUCUAGCAGUCCAUGGGACUCUCAAGAGUCUCCUCCAGCACCAUAAUUCAAAAGCAUCAAUUCUUCGGCGAUCAGCCUUCUUUAUGGUCCAGCUCUCACUUCCAUACAUCACUACUGGGAAAACCAUAGCUUUAACUAUACAGACCUUUGUUGGCAAGGCGAAGUCUCUGCUUUUUAAGAUGCUGUCUAGGUUUGUCAUUGCUUUUCUCCCAAGAAGCAGGCGUCUUUUAAUUUCGUGGCUGCUGUCACCAUCUGCAGUGAUCAUGAGAUCAUUACCCCACUCUUACUUACCAUCCCAGGCCGCCCAUCUGAGGCCACAUUGUUCUUUCUUUUAUCAUAUCAAAAUGAUCAGACAAGAUGAUCAGACAACAGCAAAGGUGCUAGGUUUAUUGAGGUUGCAAUGAGAUUAAGGUGCUAGGUUUAUUGAGGUUGCAAUGAGAUUAAGGAUUAUCUGAACAAUAAUCUUGGUCAUUUGAUUGCCCUAUUUACCCAUUGCUGUCUUUUUUAUUUGUAUAUAUUUUAUUUGUAUAUAUUGCUUGUUUUAUGUUGCUAUGGUCGUUGGCUAAUGUGAAUAAAGUUUAUCUAUCUAUUGGCAAUGUUUUUUGAUAUGGAAUAAUUUUUUAAUGUAGUGCUGAGAAGGUUCAAGAAAUCAUUGCGUGGCUAAAGGCUCAUCCUGUCAGUGCACUCUCUCGUUCCUCUUGUGAUUUGCAAAUUUUGGAUAUGGCUAUUGUCGAAAAGAUUGAAGAAGAAGUAGAAAAGUGCAAGGUACUGUUUUUAUUUUAAGUCUGAGGAACUUAACAUAUGUCUUGUAAUCACAAUAUAUAGGAAUGAGAUUAUAAAUUUGGAUUAGAACUGAUUGACUUCCAAUUAGAAAAAUUGUAUUUAACUGGCAUGAUAGUUUGAGCUUGUAUAAAGAUUUCAGUCUAGAAAGUUCAGGUGAUACCCAGUGCUAGGUGAUACUCUGGCUAGACCCAUUGAAAUCAGUUGAGUUAAGCACACUGAUUUCAGUGGGCCCUCCUCCGAGUACGACUUGCUUGGAUAUCUAUUACUCAGCAAGUGUGGUUUUGAAGACUUCUGAAACAGCAGUUCUGAUUUGCCCCAUUACAUUAUAUUCCUUCAAAUUCACUUAUGUAUAAAAUCAUUAUUUUCAAGCACUGUAAAAAAAACACACACACACUCUCCCAGGUUCAGUGUCCCUGAUUAUGCUGAUAUAGCAUAAGUAUUUAUCGGCAUAAUAGACUGUUUUGGUAGAGAGCUUUGUUCACUAGACACAAGUAGUUGAAAAAAAGGUGUUAUGUAGAAAGAGAGCGAUGAUCCAGCUACUUUGAACGAAAGAAAAACGUUGAAAAGCAAGCAUAAUCCAAACUUUGUUCUGAGUAUUCAGUUUCUUGUUUUCCUCCUUUAGCAAAGGAAAAGCAAUAAGAAAGUGCGUGUGACGGUGAAACCUCACUUGUUAUUCAGGGUAAGUUUGGGUUAUUUUGUGAAUGGAAGGAUACUGUUCUUGUAAGAGAAAGUCUUAACAGAAAUUCUGUCUUGCUCAUAGGGAAAUAUGGUGCCCUCCUGAAUUAUUUAAUUAAAAUUGCAACAAUGACUUCAUGACCAACAGAGUUUGGUGUUCUAUCUAUGCUAAUUUGAUAUUCGUUUAGACAUACUGUACACAGACUGCUUUGAGGAGGGUUUUUUUAACAAUUAAACAGUGUAAAUAAAUAAGAAAGAAAGAAAGAAAGAGAAAACUUCACACAAGCUUGCAUUAUCUUGUUCAGAUAUUCCUUCACACCAAGUACCGUAUUUUUUUGCUGUAUAAGACUCACUUUUUCCCUCCUAAAAAGUAAGGGGAAAUGUGUGUGCGUCUUAUGGAGUGAAUGCAGGCUGCGCAGCUACCCCAGAAGCCAGAACAGCAAUAGGGAUAGCUGCUUUCGCUGUGCAGAGAUCACUCUUGCUGUUCUGGCUUCUGGGAUUCAGAAUAUUUUUUUUCUUGUUUUCCUCCUCCAAAAACUAGGUGCGUCUUAUAGAGCGAAAAAUACGGUAAUAGUCAGGAUUCAGGUAGUGCUGACUUUUUAAUCUUGCACUGUUACCCAUUUAUAAACAUAAUAAUAUUACACACAUAAUGCUUCUUAUUUCUCCAUUUGACAUGAACUCAUUAUCAAUGGGUUAACUCCUCCUCCCACCAAGAAAGGUAAGGAAUCGUGUGAACAGCAUUUGAUGUCUAUCUCAGUCCUGCUGGUUUUUCCUGUUUCAUUCCUUAGGUUUGCUCAGGCAGAGCUGUUCAUUGUUCUUGUCACCUGAUUCCCCCCACCCCUUUCAACCUCUGUUUUGUCUCCUGCAAUAGCUUAGCCUUCUCCUCUAAACUUCAUUGCUUCUCCUUUUUCUUAUUCAAAAUAAAAGCCUUUUUCUUGUGUCUAUAUUUACUCCCUUCUCCUCCUCUGGCUCCUUUCCAUUUCUGCCCAGCAUAUGCAGGUGAACUUCCUCAGCAGGCAUGUAGUGGACUCAGGAGUGUGGAACCUUCUCCAGACCAUCAUUCAUGAAAGCUUCAGCACCCUUUUCCUUAGAGCUAUUCAUAUCCCAAACAAACCAUGUCACCUCUGUUGUUGGCCAGUUUUUUUCUCAGGUUUCGUUCCUACUGGGUAGAGGGCAUGAAUAUACUCAACCUUCCAACAGCCUGCUCUGUGCCUCCUCCUUCACUUUCUUGAUCUCCAGAGUCCUCAAUAAAAUCCAAAGAGAGGGGACACUUGUUCUGGAAGUCCCUCAUUGGUGCAGCUGAGAUAGGAAUUUUAUGGUCUUAGAUAUAUGGUAAUGUUCAUAACGCACAUACAUAGAUCAGCACAGGAAGACCAAUCUGGAACCAUUUUGAUUCCUAAACUGACCAAAAGUUUUCUCUGCAAGGUCAAAGUGGAAAAGCCUCCCCAUUGUCUUUUCCUUCACAAAUCCUGUCUUAAGCGUAUGUCUGUGUUUGAAUAAGGUGUGAGCCUGUGACCUGGCCCAGGAACUAAGUAUUUAUCACUACAAAAGAAUGGCCAGGCUACUCAGGAAAUCCAAUCAAGUAACCUGCCAGACAGGAGAUAAACAGCAACAGGAGAAAAACAACAUGCAAAUGUUCUGUUUUAGACAGCUUUUUGUGUGUGUAUGUAUGAUGUUUCUGGGGGUGGUCUUGAUCUACAGGAUGGGAAUUUCAAAAGUCUUUAUAAGGCCUUGCACACUAUUUUUCUGGGCGCUCCUCCUCUCCUGCAGGUGAGGGGAGCACCCUGUUGCAACAGAUCAAUAAAGAUCAAGCUUACUAGCUGCUUUGCUUCUCAAUAUUCUCUGGUUGGCCUCUGUUAUUUUCUCCUACCAAUAGGGAACCUAUGUAAGGACUCUAUAUGGGCUCUUGGAUACCCCAUAAGGGAAAAGGGCAAUUUUUGUUUACAACACAGAAUACCAUAGUUAUCCAAGGGAAGUCCCAUUGUUUCUUUCUCCUAGCCCACAAAACCCAAAACUUGCCUACUCCACCCAACACACUCCACCAGGGCAUCAGCCACUUUCAGCAGCUCUUUUGAGUAAUGCUAGCAUUUCUGAUAUGUGCCAUGCAGGGUCUACAUUCACUGGGCAAUAUAAGGAGGAUCUCCAUUGAAGUUUUCACUGGCCUUCAAUAGAAGGGUUCUCCAUAACAUCCUACCACUGACCUAGAUAGCCUUUUAAAUUUUUAGGCAUUUGUCUGGUUCUCGUUCCAUUAAGUUCUAUGCCUGUACAUCUAGUCCUCAGCUGUCAGUCUCUUGUCCACAGUACAGAACUGGAGGUGUUACCAGAUCCAAGCUGGAACACAAAAGUUGCUCAUAUUUUCCCUUCCUUUUUCUGGGUGCUAAGAGGAGCUAAUCCAUCAGUAAUUGAGGCCUUGUUCACCUCAGACCAGGAAGGGCAUUCACAAUAAGUGCCCAACAUAAAUAUAUAAACAGAACAUUUUAAAAAGGGGUUGCACUGGACAUUUCUGAUUCUCCACCGUAUUUAAAAAAUGCUGUUUCCAAUUUGUUCCUUGUAGACUAGUCUCAGUGAUUGCAUGUUCUACAGGCCACAAAGAUGGCAACCAAAAAUAUGUUACAAAAUUAUUUGACUAUUUUAUCUCCUAAUAAAAUGUAUACAUAAUGUUUUUGGGGGGGGGGCUAGUGAUUUUGUUCUACGGUGUUAACUAUUCAUAUUUGGAUUCUUUUAUCUUUGAUUCCUACUAGCCUUUAGAACAGCAGCAUGGAAUUAUACCAGAUCGAGAUGCAGACUAUCGACUGUUUGACCGUGUUGUUAAUGUGAGAGAGUGUUUUUCCGUUCCCCUUGGACUUCGUGGCACUGUGAUAGGAAUUAAAGGAGGUAACACAAUGCCUUUUUGUGAACUGUCUCUUUUGCUUUUAAAAUAAUGUGAAGAUCAUUCAUUGAACGCAAAAUGAGUUAGUUUCACAGAUAAAUAAAUAAACGCUAAACUACUGCUAACGUUAACCAUAGCGAAAGCUGAGGCAUCUAUCACAGAAUAGUUCAAAGCACCAACGAGAACAACUGGAAGCAGUUAGAAUUUUAGGCGUGUUCCAUUGCCUUAGUGACUUUUCACUCGUGCACCUAGAAAUCUGAACCAUUGUAAUAUUUUUUUUAAAUAUAAGAUGUGGCAAGUGUUUAUUUAUACAGUGUCCUCAGUAGGCAUAGUAUUUUAUGGAGUAACUUAGGCACGUGAGGCACAUCUGUGCCCUAAAGGCGAAGGAGGGGGCGAAAGUAAGAAGCCUUUUGAUCUCACUUUCGCAUAGGGGUUAAUUUAAGAAUGUGAGCACGCUUGCAUACAUCACGCCUAUCUAGAAUGUUUAGCAGAGGCAGUGUGACUGGUUCUGCUGCAUUGGGCACUGAGCCAAGGGAGCCAAGGGGCCACUGCAGGGCGUUGCAAUUAGGACUUGGUGAAUUGAGCAGAGUGUAAGGUGAAAAGUGGGUGGGGUGCUGAAUGCUGGACAUGCACAGGAUGUUGCUGAAAUCUGAAAGACGAAAGUCCACCCCUUAGGAGGAGAGAAGGAAUUUUUUAAUUCUUUCUGUCAUGACAACAAAGAGUCUUGUAGUUUCUGUUGUCAGAGUUCAUUUAUAACAAUGCCUGAAGGGCUCACUUAACUGAGUAGGUAUUAUACCUAAUGUGAGGCCCAAAGGUUGAGAGAUCUGUACUUAGAAUCAUAGCACUGUAGAGUUGGAAGGGAGGGGACCACAAGGAGCAUCUAGUCCAGUCCCCUACAAUGCAGGAAUCCUUUGCCCAGUGAGGGGCUCCAACCCACAACCCUGAGAUUAAGAGUCUUGUGCUCUACCAACUGAGCUAAUCUAUGGCUACCUUAUGUGUUGAUUAACCUUUUGGCCUUAAUUUGUAACUCACCUGGGUUUUUGCCACCUUCCUAUACCUGGGGGAUGCAGAUCCUGACCUUUAAGGUGCCACAGGACCUUGUUGCAAUAGGUUAAAAUAAAUCAGUUAACAUAAAUUCUGAUCAAGGAUGGAAGACCUUUGUAAUAUGAGAAAAAAAUGUAGCUUCUUUAACUAUUCCAGACUGAUUUAGGAAAGCUUCAAAUAAAAAACAAGUUAUGUAGUCUUUAAAACAGUUCCAGCUUUCUAGUGCAUGUAAGCUAAUGCCAUAAUUUGUUAAGGUUGUCUCCAGCUAAGUCAUACUCAGAUUAGACUCUAAUAAACAGCAUAUUUGGGUCCAUUAAUUUUAGUGGGUCUACUUGUGAGCAUGAUUUAAUUUGAUAAUCUCAGUCUUCAAAAUGUCAUGAGAUUAUUUGUUGCACCAGACUCAGAUGAUUACACCUUUGGAAAAUGUUAAGUUUUGAAGUAUCUUCACAUUUAGUCAGUAAUGCUUGCUCAUAGUGCAUAUUUUCUUCAGCCAGCAGAGAAUCUGAUGUUCUGUAUGAAGUACUGUUUGAUGAAGAGUUUCAUGGAGGCUUAACAAUAAGGUUUGUUUCUUUGCAUCUUUUUAGGGUGUUGCACAGAUCCUAGAGAAACAUGUAACAAUUGCACAGAAAAGUGCUAAUGGAUAUUUAGUCAAAUCACCCUUUGAACAACAUUAGGUUGGAUCCAAAUGUAGCAUUUUGCAACUAUUAGUUCUCCUGUUUGUGGAUGAUAAUUCAGUCCAGCUGAGGCACUCCUGAUGGAAGGGGAGAACCAAUUCACCAGUUUUUCAUCUGCAGCUCCCAGUGCCUCCAUUUGUAGAAUUGCUAAGCUUUGAGGUUGUGGUCUUUGGUCCCCUACCCAUAUAUUUGGGGGGCAGAUUUCUAUUAAUCAUGCACCACUGGCAUAACUAAAGCACUCUUUUCAUUAGCCUUCCUCUCCUUCCUCUAGGAGCUCGCCUGGCAGAGGGUACCGCAUUCCAGCCAGUGCCUUAAUCAACCUUUCUUAUGGUAAUCGGUCUGAAACAGGAAAUCAGAAGCUAACUGCCAUAGUUAAACCUCAGCCAGCUGUGAGUCCCUACAACUCAUAUUCACCCGAAUCAUUUUCUGUAUCUACACAAAAAGCACAUCAAGGAGGUCUCAACCAUUCUCCUCGCUCCCUCUUUGUUCCAACUCGAGUAAGUCCACAUUUAGUUCCUACAAUUAUGUCCCAGAAAAUAAAGUCAUUGUUAACAGUAGAUCUCCAUGGAUGCUAACUAAACAUUUUUUUUAAUAGCAGAGUUUAGACAGGCUUUAAUGAUUACUGUAAUCAUGGUUAGCUAGCUUAGACUCAUCCAGGUUUGCAUAAGAAAACACCUGGAAAUCUCUUAAUCCUCAUGAUACACUUUGAGGGUAGAGAAAGGAAGUGUGUUUGAUAAAGAAUGUGUUUCUAUUUGGGAUAGAUUCUGUCAGUAUAAGGAGGUAAGGAAAUUUCCCAAAACAAAUUAAUGUUGAUGAAAGAGUUUAAGUUGUACAGGUAUUCCUCUUUUACCACAUUCACUGGAGAUAAUCUAUUUCCCUUCCCCUCUGGCGGGUGGAGGGGAGGAAUCAUAGCAAUAACGAGUAUUUUAAAGAGGAAGAAACAAGUUGAAUAGCUAUUCCGUUAAAUUUUCUUAAUCUUUCAUCUAGCAAGUGAAUGGAAGGCAGCAUAACAAUCUCAAGGUUGAAACCCAAGGCAAUUCCAAUUCCCUUCAGAAAGGAGCAUAUUUAAGCAGCAAUCAGAAAUACAAAGUAAGUUGCAUUAUUUUCUUAGUACGUGCUAGUAGAUGUAGACUGAGUUUGGGAAGGAAGUAGUUUGGGCAUGUGGGUGGGUGGGUGUAAGCAAAUAUUAAAAGUAGGGGAAAUUCAUCCCACACAGAAUCAGUAGAAAGAACAUAGCUCCUUAAAAGUGGAAACCCUUCUACCUUUUCAACAAAGGAGCCAUUUUUCUUCCUGGAAGUAAGUAGCAGCAGAAAGAAAGGGUUCAGGGAAAAUGGGAGAAGGAAAUGCUGUGGAAUUGUAAGGAGGGCGGGGUAUGGGUGCGUAUGGUUAGUAGCGGGGUGGGGGGGCAGUAACAAAAGAGAAUGGAUACCACAUGGGGGGUUGAGAGGGUUUUGUAUGAAGUGGGGAGAGGUGAUGGGGUAUCUUGUGAGACUGGGACAUGGUCAGGCUGCUAUCCGAAUAAACCUUUAAAAAAAAUUAUUUUAAGCCUUUUUACAAGCGUGAGCUCAUUCUGAGCUUUAGACCACCUGACAUUUGCCCUGCAACCAUUAGCUACACGUGUAUACUCCUCUUUUGUGAUUUUCCCCUUCUUCCAUUUCUUGUAUGUGCCCUUUCCAAAUCUCAGCUCAUGUGUGAGCCCCUUAUAGAGCCACACCCAUUAUUUAGCCAGCCUCUUUAGAUGCCUCCCACUUUUUAUUUCUUGUCUACAUUUGGGCGUUCAACAUUUCACCUUGAAGAAACUCCCAUCCGCCCUGUUUAAAAAGUAGAGAUAAAAUUGAGGAAGGCCCCGUAGCGUAGGGUCUAGGUAUAGAUGCAAGAAAAUAUGUGGCAGUGUGACACUGUGAGGUAAAGUCCCAUGAUACUAUAAGAACUGCAUUGGUAAGCAGGCAUGCUGAUGCAGUAGGUGGCUCCCCCUUUUACCUCUCCACAAUGUCGGGAGACGAGAAUAUGUUUUGCCCAUUCACUACUGCUUUGACUUUAUGAGUCUAGGGUAAGUGACUUCACUUACUACUUCUCUUCCUCAUUUUGCUUCUUAAACUGUUAAGCUAUUGAAUCUACACAGCCAUAGCUCUCUUGGGUGUAAGGAUUUUAUUAGAGCAGAUCUUGCAUAAAUGGGUUGGUUUUAUUUUUCCUUCACACCAGGCUCAAGAUAAGCAAGAUGAUGAAUUUUGCAGCAUAUGGCAAUCAUUGCAGAGCUCUGGAAAGUCUCAGUCUGCCCAACAUGAUAGGCAUGAGAAGGUUAGUUUCUGUAGUGGAGUGGAUGUGAUGUGUGUGAGAUUUUCUGAACAGGAUUUUGCUACUGAACAAUGUCAUUUUCUAGGGUGGAAUUUUACCUCAAUACAUAAAGCUAAAUACGGGUGGCCAGUUCUGCAAACCAGGCUUCAAUGAGAGUAGCUUCAAAGGCCAGCAAAGAAAACCGGAAUCUUUCAGGAAGUGUAAGUACUUUUCUUUGAAUUUUGUAUAUUCCUUCAUCAAGUUAGGGAUUCAGUUUUGGAAAGCAUUUAUUUUAUUCUAGUCCUGUAGAAAAUGAUGCUUAUGGCAGAUGGAGUGUUGCCAUUAUAGCCCCAACCUUUGGUAUUUUCUCUGAAGAAAUGCAUGCCAUUACCUCCCCCUCUCACCAAAAAAGGGUGAAAGUGGAUUUAGGGUUGCUAAUACAUGGAGAUCCAUUGAAAUCAAUAGCCUUGAGCUUGAUUAUUAUGAGUAUGACAUAGUUUGCUGUCACACUUUGAAUUUUUGUUUGUUUUGUGAGGUAUUGUUUUUUAACUUAAUCCGGUUGAUGUUCUUGUGGCAAGAAGUUUGGCACCCAUCUCUAUUUGAAAUAGUUCCUGAGAGGGGCAGCAUUAACUAGCCCUAGCGCAAUACCAUUUUUCAACUUGGAAUUUACUAUUUUCAACUGCAGAAACCACCAUUUGAACGACUGAAGUCUGUUUUUCUAUGGCUGAUGUCACUUAAAAGUGCUUUUUUAGUGGCCAUAGCAUCAGCAAGAAGGAUUUCAGAGCUGGGAGCUUUGUCUGUUGGAAAACAUCAUUGUGUGCUUAACAAAGACAGAAUUGUACUGCAGACUGUUUUUCACUACCAGCAGGAGCUGGUGUUACAUACUUUCUGUCUUUUCCCAUGUCAUCCUAAAGAACAUGCAUAGCACUCUCUGGAUGUCCACAGGGCAGAUUAGAUAGAUCAAUUGAUCAAUAUGGCAAAGCCAUUUGGAUAAACAUGUUUAUUAUUGCCUCUCAUCCAACAUACUUAGGGAGAAAGGUUUCAACAUCCACCAUAGCUAGGUGGAUUAAAGCUUGUAUUUCUUUGGCAUAUAAUUCUCUUCAUUUGAUUCACUUAGUGAGAGCAUCUGCAGCAUUUUCUACAAGUGGUUUGUAGGGCAGGGACUUGGGCUGCUUUGAAUACAUUUACAAGACACUAUAAAAUACACAUUUAUGCUUCUGCAGAAGCAGCUUUUCAGAGGCGUCAACAGGUCCUUUAGCUGCAGAACAGGAGUGUGGAACAUUUGGCCAACCAGAUAUUGCUUGAACUAGAACUUCCAUCAGCCCGAGCAAGCGUGGGCAAUGGCCAGGGAUGAUGGCAGUUGUAGUUCAGCAACAUCUGGAGGUCCAAAGCUUCUCCACAGCUGCUACAAAAAAUCCCACCUGGGUGAGUCUUAGUGCCAUUAGAUAAGGGUCCAUGGGAUUCACCUAAAGGGUGUUUCUCAGGGAGUACUGGGAGGCCAAGGCCCACCCAAAGCUGCAUGACAUAAUUAAGAGGUGGGUUAAGAGCAGAGUGUCUAGAGAGUGGUCAUGCCUUUCUGUUUGUUGACAUUUUGGUUGUUAAAUAUGUGUUGUUUUUAAUUGUUGGAUGUUUAACUUACAAGCUUAUCUAGAUGGCGAACUGUUUUUCUAAGGGAGGGGUCACUCAGAAAUUCUAUUGGAAUCAUGACAUAUUCCUGCUUCAAGCAACGUAAGGAACUCAUUGACUCAUCUGGCGGUGUGCUAGUGGCCCUUGAGAAACACUUUUCAGCUAGUCCAGUAUACCCAUUUCUUUCAUCCUGUUCAGGAGUUACAUUGUGCUGUUUGAGUUUUCUGUUGCAGCCGUCCACCCAGAUUUUAUCCCUUUUGUUACAGCUUCUGAACAGAGAUAGUAAAAAGAAAGUGCUUGGAAAUAUACUAGAUUGACGAAGAGGACUCACCCUAGCUGUGCUUGUGUACCUAUUUACCUGGGAGUAAACUAAGUGGGACUUCCUUCUUAGUAGACACAUGUAGGAUUGCACACACACUCGUUUUAUAUAUGAACAGUUUUUGAAAAAACACGUGUUACUUGUUUAGCUAAUAUUAUAAAUUUUUGUAUUUGUAGCUAAAGACGACUCUAAAGGUCCAAGAACUGACAGUCAAACACAUAAAGGAUCAAAUAAACCGGUAAUUUUCUGGUGCUGUUUUAUGGUGAAUUGUUCAAAGGAAACAAAGGGCAGAAAUAGCAACGGUUUGUGCGCAGAUGCUUGGGUAUGCCUAACACAUACUUUUGGACAUGGAUUAAAUUGGCAGCUGCCCCUCCGCAUUCCUGCCACAGAGUGUAACUAUAUGUGUGAUAUAUCUGCUUGAGGGAGAUGGCCCUUGUAUGAUCGCAUAGGUCUUGACUAGGGAAGUUGAGAGAUUUCCAAAAUUACUUGUGCAGCUAAUCACUGGUUAGGUAGGUGGCCAUAGCUUUUAGCACGGGUGAUGUAAGAAAGUAUACCUGCAGGAAUAAGAGUUUGUUAAAAAACAUUUCCGCCUUGUUAAUUUGCUUUUACAUUUGACCUGGUCUGUCUCAGAAUUUUGCAGGUGCUAAUAAGUAUAGUGUGAAGCUAUUGAAGAGGAAUGAAGCCCCCAAUGAGCCAGUAGAACCAAAGCCUGCAGUUGACAGUCCCAGUAUAACUGAAAAGGUAGGAAAAUGGCAAUCUAAAUAUUUGCAUUUACCUGAGUACAUUCUGAAGAAGAAACAACAUGACAAGUAGAUUUUAUUAGAUAUUAAUUUUAAUGCACCAGAAUUGUCGAAUGCUUUAUUUUCUUCAUGGUCUUUUUCCAUAUGGGAUUGCACCUGUGAAGAGUACUAGCCAGACCUUUUAGCAAGCUCUAAGCCAUGAGAUGAUAUUGGCCUCCCUCUCCCUCUCAAGCAUAGGCCAGAGGAUCACUAGAUUAUCCAUGUCAGAUCCCUGCCUCUCUGCUCAGUGGCCUGCUGCACAUAAUAUGUUUCUCAAAAUUGUCAGAAGAAAUGGAUAAAAUAAAGAUUUAAAAUUCUCUCUCUAUAAAUUAUAUCUCAUGUAUGUGUUGUGAAUUAUCGUUUGUGGCCAUCUAGCUAAAUCAUAGUGGUAUUAUAUAUACAGAACAACCAAAAAGACUGACCGCUGAGCCACUUUGUAGCGAGUUCCUGAAGAAUUAUGGAACUUUUUACUUGUUUGCUUUGUUUGAAAUACAUUUAACAUGGCCCACAUGUGCUCCUGAGCUUUAGAGCCUUUGUCCUUUGCUGCAGUAUUGAAGAGAACUCUAAGCACACAGUGGAGACACGGGCAAAAUUCUUCCAGACUUUGCAGUGAAUGGGGGAGACCUUUUAAGUAAUAUGUACCUUAAAGGGAAAGGGACCCUGAGACGUUCUCAAAGUAAAGAAAGGAUUGAACUCUGAAUAAUAAGAAUACACACUGAGGCUUGAACCAGCAAGACUCUGGGAAGGGUGCGUAUAAUUGUGUCUCUCUGUCUCCCCCCCAGCCCCUCGGCCCAGGUCGUUUUAUUCACAAAAGAACUUUUUACAGAGUGUUCAUAAGAACCAAUCAGAUUUCUUCUGAGCAUUUCAACAGACCCCACGUGAGGACAAAGUUAAACUACCAAAACUAAUUAGGCACGGGGUAAACAAAGACACCCCGGAGGUGAUAAACAAGCAAUAUACAUGAUAAGAAGGAUGGCCAGGAGGACAGCGAUCAUUAUCACCUUUAUGUGAGAUCUGUUUCCUGGCCCUAAGAUUAACAUCCUAAGAUUAACAUAUCAGAAAGACUACUUCAAAGAAGCUGCCCACUGUCUUUGAUGACCCAGGACGCCUGCCUGGCUGUGUAAGUGACUUGUGAAGCAAGAUAAAUGGGCAGUAGAGGAAAUGGCCAGAGAUGCAGGGGGCUGUGGGAUUUGAUCAGAAAUUAUUGUCAAGGUAUCAAACCCAGUCAACACAAUGCAUUCAUCAUGGACACAAGGGCUUGAUGCAUAUUUUAUAAUUCCUCAUAGUAAUCCCACCUGACCCCACACUCUGGAUAUUUGCACUCCUAUAGGACCCCUGACCAUUAGGUCCAGUCGCGGACGAAUCUGGGGUUGCGGCGCUCAUCUCGCUUUAUUGGCCAAGGGAGCCGGCAUACAGCUUUCAAGUCAUGUGGCCAGCAUGACUAAGCCGCUUCUGGCAAACCAGAGCAGCGCACGGAAACGUCAUUUAUCUUCCCGCUGGAGCGGUACUUGUUUAUCUACUUGCACUUCGAGCUUUCGAACUGCUAGGUUGGCAGGAGCAGGGACCGAGCAACAGGAGCUCACCCCGUCACGGGGAUUCGAACCGCCGACCUUCUGAUUGGCAAGCCCUAGGCUCUGUGGUUUAACCCUCAGUGCCACCCGUGUCCCAAUAUGUACCCUAAGUUCCCUCUAAGUUUUCAUAUUGAUUUCAGUGGAGUUUGCACAGAGAAAAUUCCUUUCUCUGAGUUUUGCUCUUCUAAUUCUUUCAUAUAUGUAUAUAUCUAUAUAUUCCUUAGAAUGGAUCUGAACUUGAAGACAUUUUGGCGUCUUUGAAAAUUUUCAAAGAAAAAGAGGUGCCACGGUCAUAUCCCAAGGAACCAACUAAUGAAGAACACUUGUCUCCACAGUCUUUUGCUAUGGUUUGUAUGCUGCUGUUGGAAUUGACUUCAUUGGUUUAACUUUGGAUGCAUUUAAUGUACAGAGUUCUAUGAUAAAAUUCUCAAUUUAUACAAUAUAUAAAUGCUGUUUGCUUUUUUUUUAAAGAAAGGAACACAGAUGCUCAAAGAAAUUUUGAAGAUAGAUGGUUCUGACACAGCAGAAGCAAAGUCAGUGGCAAAUGAAGUGUCUGCUCCAACUUGCAGGCAGGAUUCUUGUGCGCCUGCCUCACAACAUACCAAUGCCAAAAAGAUGGGUAUGUAUAAAAGCUUUGUUCUAUAAUUGAAUAAAUGGUUUGUGCUAUGCAGAUUUAAGUUUAAUGUUUAUUGAUUAUAUAAUACCUUUUGAACAUCUAACAUUCAAUCAAAUUAAACAAAGUACUGUACUCUGGUUCAUUUAUUCAAACAUGGUACAGAUUACAUGUAUUUAUUCUCAUUGAUAGCUGCUUUCAUGAACAAAUCCCCUGGCACAGCAGGACCUCAGAACACUCAGGGCAUGGAGGUUGGAGGCCACCCACUUCUUGGACCACCAAACUCAUUAUCCACUCCAGUAUCUGAGCUUUCUCGUAUCUGUUCCCUUCUUGGAAUGCUGCAGCCAGAUUUCUCAUUUCUUAGAACACCACAGGUAAUUUAGCUUCAAAUAUCAGAUCUGUGUAGUAUGCAAAAAAACCCACACCCAUAAUCUCUUUUAUUUCCAGUUCAAGUCUUAAAUGUGCUUGCAGAAAUAUAGCCAAAUUGUUCCACCCACAUGCAAGGAGGAGGCAUCACCAGACUGGGAUUUGCAAGGGACAAAAUACCUUUAUGAACUACCCUAAAAAUAAAGGGGAAAACAAAACAGGCUAAUGAGCACUUGACAGCUAUUGACUGCUGAGCAACAUGGGAGUUGGGGCAAACUAUAAACCAGGCGGUGGGGUGGAAUGGAAAAGGAGAUUAAAAUAAUGGACACAUAGGUAUAAAAAGAGUAGAGAGAAUCAUUUCAUUGUCUGAGUAGGUAAUUUCUGAGCUCAUGUUGAGAAGUUAUUUGUCAGUGUCCCCAGGGACAGGGGUGAGAGCUGCUCCCCAUUUUUCAUCGUUUAGACCAGGGUAGCCAGCAUGGGGCCCAUCGGAUGCUGCUAGACUCCCCAGCCAGCAUGGCCAGUGGUCAGGGAUGAUGGAAGUUGUAGACUGGUGACAUUAGACAGAUGGAUACUUGGCUAAUCUUCAAUAGGAAACUCUGUUAGAAGGCAGAUAAAUUGUCCACCCUUUGUAUAAAUCUGUCCAUUUUGCAGUCUGUUUUCAGUAUGCUAUGUAGAAAAUAAAGUUGCUUUGUCUUCUUUUCUUCCAUAGACGAUGACAGUUUGUCAGGUAAAGCUAUCCAAUGGCUUAUUAGUACACGGACCUCAAUGUCACUCUGAAAAUGAAGCUAAGGAGAAAGCAGCACUUUUCGCUUUGCAGCAAUUGGUGAGACUAGCAGUCAAAAUGCUUUAUAAAACCUUAGAAUGCUCAUCUCCAUUUAUUAGCUAGUCAUGCUUCCUGUAUCACAAACUUUAAGUACCCUUUUUCAUACAGAGCUCUCUCGGGAUGAACUUUCCUCUGCCACCACCGCCUGUAUUUCCAAAUUAUCAACCCAUGGGAGCUCUUGUGCCUCCUGGAUCCAUUCCUCCAGUCUUCACACAGCACACUGGUACAUUUAAUCAAUUUUAACUUCCUGUGUGUGUAAAUGCAUGUUUUUCAUACGGUAUAGUUGGAAGCAAAUUAACCUUUUGUAGAAGUUGCAUAGUAGCAAACUGCUAGUCCUUAUCAGCAACAGUGCUUUCUUUAAUAAUUGUAUAUAAUUUGAUUAUUCUAUAUAGAUUAAUUUUAUAAACAACGCCCUAAGUUUUUAUAAACAAAGUCCUAAAGUUUUUAGGACUUAAAAAAACCUAUGUUCUUUGUGAGACAAGUUGUAUUAUUUUUUCUCACAGUGAGAGGGGAAAGUAUUGAAUGCAUUGAUCUCUAGUGUCUCAUAAAUUUGUCUUUUGGGUUCCAUAAAGAAUGCACCUUUUUCUCCAAUUCAAUUAUUAUGAAAUAUAUGAGCUAAAUUUGGAAGUGGAGGGAGGGAGGCUUUUAAAGAGUAGCUACCCAUUUUUCUUAGUUAAUACUGGAAUCUAAAAUGAGCUUAUUGUUUUCGCAGCUAAUUUGUUUCCUUCACCACCUCAUGCGUUUGGCCCAGUGCCAUGGGGAGCACCAGUUGCAGUCCAUGGGAAACCUUACUUUCCUGGUUCCUAUCCUGGGAAUAUGCCUUUUGCGGGCACUGUACCAGCUGGUGCACACAAUCAGUUUAUACCCUUGCAGGUAAGAUCUGACAGCCGCUACACACACACACACACACACACACACACACAUAUAUACACACACACAGAGCCAGUAUGGAUGUAGUGGUUAAGAGCGAUAGACUCGUAAUCUGGGGAACUGGGUUCGCGUCUCUGCUCCUCCACAUGCAGCUGCUGGGUGACCUUGGGGUAGUCACACCUCUCUGAAGUCUCUCAGCCCCACUCACCUCACAGAGUGUUUGUUGUGAGGGAGGAAGGGAAAGGAGAAUGUUAGCCACUUUGAGACUCCUUCGGGUAGUGAUAAAGUGGGAUAUCAAAUCCAAACUCCUCCUCUUCUUCUACAUAUGCUUCUCACAUGUUAGAAAACUAAACUUCUUUUUUUUUUUAAGGUAACUAAGAAAAGGGUUGCCAGCAAGACUAAUGUUGAGCCAAAGGAGUUCCCAGGUUCUCUUCAAAAUGUGCAGUUAAAGAAUGAACAGUCAAGCAUCGACACUACAAAAAUGAACCCACAGGAUGCCUCUUCAGAACAUUUAAGGUCUCAUCAAGCUGCUCCAUCUUUCCAAGAGAAAAUGGUUCCUUCAAGCUCGGUUGCAUCUCGUAAGAAAUCAAUACCAAAUGUGUCUACCAAGCGAAAGCCCAGAAAAUUGGCUGUCAAUUUUGGUGCACCCAAAUCUUCAGAAUAA